AUUUGCUCUUCGUAACCGAAGGAGGGUGGGACGACAAAGGUGCAUAUCGCACUUGGGGUAUUGCAUUCAAUAUUUUUACCUGAGUUAUUUCGGUGAACGGUCCCCAGUGUCUUCCCUUUAGUCAGUAACUAUAAUUUCGCGUCUUCACUUGUGUUUGAGAUUUAAAAUGUCGCAAAGAUUGUGGUUGCUUGUGGAAUGGGUGGACGAGCGUGAUGUAUUUCCCAGUUAUGGAGUGGUCAAUGUUGGAUCCUUGAUUGGUAAUGAAACACAGUUACACGUUGGGAAAAUGAUAUAUGUUCGAAAUAAGCACGGGAAUAAUACUCGGCGGGCGCAGGUUAUGAGGAUAUCGGAUAAUAAACACUAUGUGAAAGAACAAAAGAAAUUGGUGGAAAGAGAGGAUCAUCAAGUGAAGAAUGUAUUGUCGCUUUGUAUGCGCACUAUUCGAGAAAUGAAAUCCGGCCCAAUGUUUUCCGGGAUGAUGAAUUCCGACCAACCGCCUCCAGGAGGUUCGACUGGACCGGUAUCAUUGCCUCAAGUGGUGCCGGAUACUGAUAAUACUAGCAGCGAAAGUGAACAGGAGAUGCAUUAUGAAGUUAGUCGACGUCAUAAAAAGUCGUCCCAAAAUGCUCACUAUCGUGAUGCUUCCAACAGCCGAAGCAGACAGUCCUCUCGGUACCAGGCUUCAAACCCCAGGAGCCGCUCCAUGAUCUGCAGCACUCCAGUAUCAAUACCAAGCGCACGUAUACCCUUAUUGACCUUCGACCAGAGCACCCAGGUUGACUUCGACGCGGAAGACCGUAAACAAAAGAUGGAGGAGAUGGAGGUUGUCGUUAAAGGUCUCUACGCCCGCUUUCUGGUAUUAGUGGCUAGAUGUCAUAACGAGAAUAUCCCAUUGCCGGAGGGUGUGGCUGACCCUUUUGAACGGAAUGAUGUACCAGAACGUCAGAACGGAACGAGGUCACCGAUGGAGCAAGCCAACGCAGUGGGGGAAAAUAUGACUGUGAACGGAAACCCUGUGAAAGGCGAAGCGGUUCCGAAUCCGAAAACGUUAGAAGUUCGUCGAGUUUCAGCGCACACCACCAACACAGGCGAAACGAGCUAUAAUGGGAUCGAUUACGAUAUGGUACAGAUUGGCGCAGGCAACGCCGUUGUGCCAAGCAGACUGUUGAACGAUAUAGACUGGACAUCCUACAGCACCGCCACGAGGCAACUUCUGCAAGCAGUGUUUCCUCGCAGGGUACUAGCAACGCAUUCACUGACUGGCAAGCAAUCGCCAGCCUUCAUGAACAUCCCGCCCAAGAAGCGGCUCGACCCUCAAAUCGUGAAUGACAUCGUGGACACCGUUGCCGAGCGCUGCGGCGUAUCUAAGCGACUGGUCAGAGGCAGCAUAACAAUAAAAUGCACUGACGAGGCGAAGCUUUACCGCAACCGGCUGCAUUAUAGGCAGUCUCGCCAGCACCCGAACCAGGAGAAUGUCCCGCCCGGACCUUCCUCGGACGAAUCAUCUACCGUCACUGAAUAAAUUCUUGACGCUGACAAAUUAUUCACUAAUAUUAAGAAUAUGAUACCUAUGCAAAAUAUUAAUGGGCGCUUUCUACUUUAUCGUGGACGUCCACGUCAAUACCACCUUUGACUGUUACGAUACUUACGAUAAAGCAGGAAGUAAUGUAUGAGAUUGUAUGCAACCCCUCUUAAUUUUAGAGUAGAGGUACUGGAACCCCGGCUCGUACCAAUGAAUUUUUCGGAACUUAUGUACAUAAUAAAUAUAAUUUGAUAUUUACCAGUCGCUUUUCGGCGACGGAAAACAUCGUGAAGAAACCGGACUAAACCCAAUAAGGCCUAGUUUACCCUCUGGGUUGGAAGGUCAGAUGGCAGUCGCUUUCGUAAAAACUAGUGCCUACGCCAAUUCUCGGGAUUAGUUGCUAAGCGAAACCCAUCGUGGACCUGAAUAGAAAUAAAAAACUAAUCCGAACACUUUAUAACAGAACCUUUAUAUUAUAACAGUUAAAUGGAACCAGCACGUUUGUAAAUAAAUAAAUAUUAUAGGAAACUAUUAUACAAAUUGACUUAAGCCCCACAUUCAGCUCAAGACGAAGGCUUACAUAUAAUAUAUAAAUUCUUAAAUAACAUAAAAAACACCUAUGACUCAGGCACAAAUAUCCGUGGUUAUCACACAAAGAAAAGCCCUUACCGGGAUUUGAAUCCAGAAUCUAGUUUAGUUUGCGGACAGUACUCACGCUCCGGUUGAAGUCCAGCAAGAGCGAGAGGCAGUUAUCUGUUAAAGUAACCUACUUGUAUCAAUUUCUCACUCUAAUGCUGCCUCUUACAGGACUCCAAACAGGGCCGUGACAUAUUUAGUAUACAGUUCAGUAGAUUUCACAGUUCCUUGGAACUCAUAGAAAGUAUCCCUGAAAAGUUUGAAAAGUCUAUUAGUCAUAUAUUUUGAGAUGAACUUAUAAAUACCAACAAGUUCAUCUCUAAUACUGUGAGCUAACUAGAAAGUUUACUUUUUUUAUUAGUGACGAUUUGUCAAAAGAUGCUAUUUGUCAUUGUGUUUUAAAUUUCGAAUACAAAUGGCGCUGCCCAGAGACAUGUCAGUCGAUCCUAUUUCUAUGGCGCUGCCUUACAAUCGAAUUAAUUGCAAGCUACGCAAACGCAACACAAUGAACAAUGAAUAAAUAAAUAUAACUUAA